AAUGAAGAGAGAGGGCCUAGCAAGACAGCAUGUACAGGUACUUGGGUGUUGUCUAGUAACUUGGUGGUUGGAGGGGGAGGGACUAGUUCGGGGCCCAGGGGGAGGUUGGCACUGAGAUCGCUGCCUUUAGAAAGCUAGACAGGCAGGAGGCUGAGGACUGAAAAAGAGAGAAUGAGUAAUUCUUCAUGACCUGCAGGAUUACAAAGAGGGCAAGCUGCCAGCCUGGACUGCCAGUGAAGGCCAGAAUUGUGCCAUAGCUCUGAACCCACAGCUCCUCUUCCCCUGGCCCAUAAGAAUUUCAGCUGGAGAGACAGCAUGCCCUCCUAAGUGAAGUACUGCCACUUUAAGACAUGGAAUCAUCUUUCUCAUUUGGAGUGAUCCUCGCUGUCCUGGCCUCCCUCAUCAUUGCUACUAACACACUAGUGGCUGUGGCUGUGCUGCUACUGAUUCACAAGAAUGAUGGUGUCAAUCUCUGCUUCACCUUGAAUCUGGCUGUGGCUGACACCUUGAUUGGCGUGGCCAUCUCUGGCCUACUCACAGAACAGCUCUCCAGCUCUUCUCGGCCCACACAGAAGACCCUGUGCAGCCUGCGAAUGGCAUUCGUCACUUCCUCCGCAGCUGCCUCUGUCCUCACGGUCAUGCUGAUCACCUUUGACAGGUACCUUGCCAUCAAGCAGCCCCUCCGCUACCUGAAAAUCAUGAGUGGGUUUGUGGCCGGGGCCUGCAUUGCCGGGCUGUGGUUGGUGUCUUACCUCAUUGGCUUCCUCCCAAUCGGAGUCCCCAUGUUCCAGCAGACCCCCUACAAAGAGCCCUGCAGCUUCUUUGCCGUAUUUCACCCUCGCUUCGUGCUAGCCCUCUCCUGCUUUGGCUUCUUCCCAGCCAUGCUGCUCUUUGUUUUCUUCUACUGUGACAUGCUCAAGAUUGCCUCCAUGCACAGCCAGCAAAUCCGAAAGAUGGAACAUGCAAGAGCCAUGGCUGGAGGUUAUCGACCCCCACGGACUCCCAGUGACUUCAAAGCUCUCCGCACUGUGUCUGUUCUCAUUGGGAGCUUCACUCUAUCCUGGGCCCCCUUCCUUAUCACUGGCAUUGUGCAGGUGGCCUGCAAGGAGUGUCGCCUCUACCCAGUACUGGAACAGUACCUGUGGCUGCUCGGUGUGGGCAACUCCCUGCUCAACCCACUCAUCUAUGCCUAUUGGCAGAAAGAGGUGCGACUACAGCUCUACCACAUGGCCCUGGGAGUGAAGAAGGUGCUCACCUCAUUCCUCCUCUUUCUCUUGGCCAGGAAUGGUGGCCUAGAGAGGCCCAGGGAAAGUUCCUGUCACAUUGUCACUAUCUCCAACUCAGAGUUUGAUGGCUAAGACGGUAAGGGCCGAGAAAUUUCAAAGUGCCUUUCUCCUCCCCUCUCUGGAGUCCCAACUAGAGCAGCAGGAGAGAGGGGAAUGAGAGCACUUGCUUCAGGCAAUUGACCCCUGUCCCAGCAUCCCCCACCCCCAGACUGAGAAGUAACUGAGGCAGGGUCCUGACUUUCUUCUAUAAUCAGUUUCCCCAUUUUCAAAUCUCCACUCCACCCUGUCCUUCUUUUGAAAUAAGCCUGUCUCUCAUGUACAGGUAUAUUUAUUUAAAGCAAGAACUGUACUCCUAAAAAAUGCUUAUAGAUCAAAUUCUAUUUUUGAACAUA